UCUAUGUCUUGCCCUGUACGUUGAUUCUAUAGAUUGAUCCCGCCGCGUACUGUGGAUACAUGCCUGUUCUUGCGGUUUUAUCGUUGUUUGUUGACGUAGUUGAACAUGAUGCCAAUAAGCGAGUUUGACAGGAGAGAGAGAGAGGGUGGAGGAGUGCCGCUCUCACAGUCUUCUCCUUCAACUCUUGCCUCUCGUGUCCGCUCCACUCCUUCUCCCGGUCACUAUGUCUCUCACGGGAGUUUCAGACAAUGAUGAAUCCACAAAAUACUUGAGAAAUGGAUGCUCAGGCAUAUGGAAACAUGCCCAUGGAGCUGCUACCAGAGACCUCAGAGAUACAGCAUAUGACCCGUCCUGAAGCUGUUACACAAACUCUUAAUACUGUUUCCCAAGUGCAGGCAGUAGUUCAGAAAGAUUCCGAAGUCCACCUUUCCUUGGAAAUGAAUGAGGAACAGGAGGAUGACGGUGGAGCUGAUGAUGAUGAUAAUGAUGAGAAGCCUCUACAGGUGGUAGAACAUCCAAAGAAAAAAAAUACUAGACGUUGUAGAACAAAGAUAAAGAAAAAAGAAAGAGCAAAGAGGGCUGUUCCUCAUGGUGAUUCACAAGUAGGAAAUGCUUUCACUUUUAUGAGGAAGAGACGACAAGACCUCACACUUGGGGCCAAAGUUAAAGUUCUUGAAAUGCUUGACCUUGAGCCUAAAGUUCCACAGGGAAAGAUUGCUUCCAUGUUUCGUGUAAGUCAAAGUCAGGUUUCAAGAAUAAUGAAGAACAAGGAAGCCAUUAUGUCACAGUGGAACAGGUUUGCUACCCCAGAACGCAAACGUUGCAGACUUGGUAAAGCUGGUUUUCUGGAGCAAAAAUUAGUUGAUUGGUAUAAGGAAGCUGUAGAAGAAGACUUACCCAUAUCUGGGCCUAUUCUCAUGGAAAAAGCUAAAUCUAUAGGUAAUGAGAUGGGAAUAGAAUUUAAACCAUCUGCUGGAUGGCUAGGAAGAUGGAAGGACAGAAAUGGAGUAACUCUUAAAAGAUUUAAAGACAAAGAUGGUGCUCCAUCUGGCAUCAAGAUUGGUAAUCACUGGAGAAGAUACAUGUUUUCAAAGACAACUAAAGAAUAUCCACUUCAAAAUGUUUGGGUUGUUGAUGAAACUCCUUUGGCAUAUAAUGCCUUACCAGAAUAUAUGACACAAGGAACUAACAGUGGCAAUGAUAAGGUAUCUGUUAUAUUGGCAUGCAAUUUAGCUGGCACUGAGCGUAGACCUGCAGUAGUGAUUGGAAGAGCACAGUUGCUUAGCUCCCUCACCCUUCCAACCCCUUUCCACCACCAUCCUAAAGCUGCCAUUACUUUGGAGUUCUUUUCAUCGUGGUUACGUGAGUGGGACCGUGAACUGCGUUCAAAGAGAAGGAAAAUAAUUAUACUUUUGAAUAAGGCAACAUAUCAUCCAGAAAAUCUACAUCUUUUCAACAUAAAUAUAUCAUUAUUUCCACCAGGUACAGCAACUGUGUUACAGCCAUUACGGUUAGGUGUCAUUUAUAUAUUUAAGGCCUUGUAUAGACACCAGCAGGUCAAGCAUAUUAUGGCAAAGACCCACGCUAAUGAACAAAUGAACCAUACUAAUAUGUUCAAUCAAAACAUUUUGUCACCACCUUCAUUGACUCAAUGUGUAUCUACUUUAGAUGCAAUUUUCAUGAUAUACAAAGCUUGGAGGCAUGUUAGUCCUGAAACUAUAGUGAAAGGAGUAGUUAAAGCUGGACUUAGCAAGGAUGUAGAUGCUUUAAAUGUCAAUGACCAAAUUAGCCCUCCACCUGGGAUUAGCCAACAGGACUUUGAUGCUUUUGUAUCUUCUGAUGAAGGAUUGAAUUGUGAUGAGCAUGAGGAAGCACCUACCCAAAAUUUGAGCUCUCACACAGGAAUGGUUACCAAUAUUGUUCAAUAUCCACAUUAUUCAAAUAUGUUUAAUAUUCCAAACAAUAAAAGUCAGCAGCCUAACCAACAGAGUGAUCCCCAAGUAGAAAAUGCUCCUAGUCCACCUAAGGUAUGUGAAGCAGUCAUUGCAUGCCAAGUUCUCAGGCAUUAUUUGCAGCAGCAAGGUGGGAGAUUAUUUGACGAGUUUUCAGAACUGGAAUCUGCUAUUCAUUUGGACAUGAUCCUGGAAAUGAGACCAGACUUCAGAAAUGAUUUUCAGUCUGAUCCUUUACAUGAUUCUGGUUCUGUUCAUAGUUUAGAGGCACAUCAAGUGGCUCACGAACAAAAACUGUACUACAUUCAAAAGGUACAAGAUGAACUUCAACAACAAAAAAUUCAGAGACAAAUAAAGAAGGCAGCAUUAUCUUCAGCUUCAUCCCAAAAUUCACACAGCACUCUUGCCACACCAACACAAGGGGUCAGAACAGAUGUACCUAAUCAACUUUUAGAAAUACAAAGACAUGAUAUACAUGCUCAAGAGAUAGUACGACACGAUAUGGUGAGACAAGAACUUCAGCAGCCUAUGCAUAGGCAAGAACUUGUACGUCAAGAUGCAAGACCAGAAUAUAGACAUGUAAUUCCCCAGGAUAUUCCUCGGCCAGAUGUUUCGGAAUUAAGAGCUUUAAGAAUAUCAAAUUACAGACAUGUUAAUCCAGAUGGUAGAAAUGAAGACAGAAAUGAAAUUAAAAGUGACACAAUGACAAUAACAGCAGAUUUACAUAAUCAUCAUACAACUAAUCACCAUCCAGGGGUUGAACUUCACCACCAGGGAAUUCCACCAGAUAUGAGCCAGAGUUUACGACCGCCAGACGCGAGACUGGAAAACCAUGGAAUACCGUAUUAUACUAUACCAAACACAUUACAUCAUUACAUUCAACCAAAAUAAAACUUCAGACUACCUUAUAAAUUGUUACUUGCAUAUAAAUUUAGUAUAUACCGGGUACUAUAUCUAAAUACAGUGUUUGUGUAUUGUUCUGAUUUUUUUUAAUUUAGUUUUGUUAUUAAAUUCCAAGUACAAAUUGUAUUGCAAAACUCUGCACAAACAAUGCUGUUUAACUUUUAAGGUUACAUUUUUAAAUUGUAUAUUUUUGUAAAUUGUGCCAUGGUUUAUUUUUUACAGAGAAGAACCUGCUGCUGUAAUUUAAUAUUUUUAUGAAAUAAGAUAAUUAUUUUAACUCCCUUUGUUUGUAUAUCGAAAGAGCCUGCUAUUUUAAGCCAAUUAAUAAGUAUUCAGGUAACUUCUUACUAAUUUGAGAGUGACAGAAACAUAUUCUAAGCAGGUUUGAAAUGAAGUAUGUUUUACUGUACUGUACCCUCUCUCUAUACAAGAUUUCAAUUGUGAGCACAUAAAGAUACAGGAAAAUUACUUUGUAUAUAGUUCCAAACAUCUAUCACAUUUGUAUAUCUUUUAUGUACUGUGUAAAAUAUUCCUAUUAUAUUCAGUACUUUAAC